AUGGACGCCGUCGACUCCGUAGUGGAACCCCUCCGCGAGUUUGCCAAGGACAUCGUCCGCCUCGUCAAGCGCUGCCACAAGCCCGACCGCAAGGAGUUCACCAGGGUGGUCGCGCGGACGACGGUCGGGUUCGUCGGCUUCUUCGUCAACCUCAUCUUCAUCCCCAUCAACAACAUCAUCGUCGGCUCGGGCUAG